CCAAAAUAAGUCAGAAGCUGAUUAGUUGGCUUGGUAGGAAAGUAGGCAAAUCAAUUCAAAAAUUUCAAAAAGAACUCAACAUGACCUCAUUAACUAAGAAAAUGCCCGUCAUGUUGGCUGCAAUUCUUUUCUGCCUGGUAAAAUUAUCGUGCUCGUUCUCCAUGAAUCCAGAUGACGUACAUUUUCUCCUGUUUCCCAGGACAGACAGGACGGUAGAAAUCAAGCAUGGCGACGCAGGCUCAUUGUCCGUUUCGGGAUAUGAUGCCUCAAAACCGGUCGUUUUUAUCCUGCAUGGCGGGUCAUUCACGCCAUUCAAUUUUCAAAACGAAUUAAAACCUGGUGCCUAUGUUGCCACUUUGCGAGACGAAUACUUGGGUCUCGGAGUCUCCAACGUUAUAGCGGUCGAUUACAGCGCCCUCGUCAGCCUAGAUGAAAACCCGGCCGCAAUUCUCCAAGCGGUUGGAGAGGUCACCAUAAAUUUGGCCAUUGUUGGGCGUCGUAUCUCCGAAUUUAUCCAGUUCCUUAUUAAGCAAAACGUACUCCGAAGUCCGGACGCGGUUCAGCUGGUCGGGUGGAGUUUGGGCGGGCAGUUGGCAGGAGUUACUGGAUCAGAAAGUAAGAAGUUGGGUCUCAAAGUUCCCGGACGUAUUACGGCCCUUGACCCAAUGGGACUCACAUUUGGAACAUAUCGCCCUGCCGAGUAUCGUUUGGACGUUACGGACGCAUCAUUCGUGGAUGUAGUUUAUACGACGAGCAGUAAUUCCAUCACGCCGCUAGGACCGAUCGGCCAUGUCAACUUUUAUCCGAACGCAAUCAAUGCGAAGGGUGGAUUUCCGCCGAUGGGGGGAAGUUGGAGUCAACCCCCAUGCAACUACAACUUGGCUGAUCUCAACGGAAACUUUUGGUGCUCGCAUAACCAAGCGUGGAAAUAUUUCGUAUGGUCGAUCAACAACCCAGGUUACAAGGCUUGCAAAUGUUCCAAUACGGAUUUGUCGGAUUGCAAACAGCCGAUUAAAUCGUGCCCCAAUGUGACAACUUUUGGACAACAUGUGCCCCUCAGUGCUCGGGGUAUCUGCUAUUUAGCAAUUGGACCAAAUCCUUGAUUUAAGAAGGCAGAAUUGUGACAUCUGUUUCACUUCGGUGUUAGUAAAACAAAUUUCAACCGUUAAAAUAUUCAUUGACUAAAAGUUUUCCUAACAAGAUACACAAAAUUAUGAGGUGUAAUAAUCGUAGUAAAAUAACAUCAUUGGAUAAGUAAUUUACAAUUUUGACCUAAAUAAAAAGUUAUAGCGAAUUUUAAAGCCAAA